AUGAAAUUAAUAGGCUUAACAGGUGGAAUUGCAACAGGCAAAUCUACCGUAUCUCGACUUUUAGUAGAACAAAAUAUACCCAUUAUUGAUGCUGACAAGAUUGCAAGAGAUAUAGUAGAACCUGGAAGAAAAGCAAACCAGCUCAUUCGUCAACAUUUUGGUGACGAUGUAUUCUUACCUGAUGGUCACAUUGAUAGACCCAAACUGGGACAAAUUAUUUUUCAAGAUCCAGAAAAAAGGAAAAUCUUGAAUCAUUGUACACAUCCAUAUGUACGAUUAGAAAUGUUAAAAGAAGCAUUUUUUUAUUGGUUAAAAGGCGCUGAUAUGGUUGUAUUCGAUGUACCUCUAUUAAUUGAAAGUAAACUUGAUCGCUUCAUGAACACAAAUGUAGUUGUAUUUUGUUCUGAUAUACUUCAGUUACAAAGAUUAAGAAAAAGAGAUAAUUUAUCUGAAGAACAAGCAUUACAACGUAUUAAAGCACAAAUGCCUAUAUCAGAAAAAGUAGCCAAGGCAGACAUAGUCCUUGAUAACUCUAGUAAUAUUCAACAACUAGAAAUACAAGUGAAAAAUAUGAUUGAAAAGCUAAGGCCUUCAAGAUUAACUUGGUUAUUUGAAUGGGCUGGACCUCCUACUGCUCUAAUUUUAUUAUCAGUUUUAAUUAAGCAAUAUACUCCUUCUUUGUUCAGUGUCAUAAAUGACUGCAUUGCCAGUUUAAAAUAA